AUGAACUCCAAGCUACUCAGAAAAUUCAAGAGGCAAGUAGAAGAAGUUAUUUUUAGCAUGAACUCUGAGUUCUCCAGGGCAAGAUGGCUUCCCCCCAACCUUCUAUCAAAACCAUUGGGGCAUUGUUUGCUAAGAGGCAGGUUAAUUUCUGACAAUACCAUAGUGGCCUUUGAGGCAUUGAAUUCCAUGAGCAACAAGUUGAAAGGCAAAGAGGACUUCAUGGCAUUAAACUUAGAUAUGAACAAGGUGUAUGAUCGAAUAGAAUGGGACUUCCUUAGGGAGGUGAUGAGCAAAAUGGGUUUUGCUGAGGCAUGGAUCAAGCUUGUGAUGAAGUGUAUGGAAUUAGUGUCCUACUCCAUUCUUAUCAAUAGCAUAACUCAGAAACCAUUUAAGCCUAUAAGAGGGAUUAGACAGGGUGAUCCUUUGUCCCCUUACUUCUCCAUCCUCUAUGCAGAAGUCCUAAGCUCCAUUCUCAACCAAGUUGAAAGGUCAACAAGUAUCUCGGGUAUCCCUAUUGGGAGAGGCAGAAUCCAUAUCAAUCAUCUGCUCUUUUGUAAAGCUAAGUCCCUCGAGUGGAGUAGACUAAUCUUCUUGCUCAACACCUAUGAGAAUGCAUCUAGUUAA